CCUUAUCGCGAACGCGCACCAAUGCUGCGCCGCAUUGCUGUGAGAGCUGGGAGAGCAAGGCAACCAACACGGCGUCACGCAUCAUCAGACCCGCUCCUGCGCCUACACGAGCAGAUGGCGGCGUCGAUGAACGCGACGGCGCGUCUGCUCGGCGUGUCGCACCGCGUGCACAUCUCGAGCGCCGAGGCGCCGGCCCCGACGCCGCCAACAGCCGCGACGCCGCCGCCCCAAAAGCACGCGAAGCGCGCCCUGCGCUACAUGAGCGACGCCGAGAUCGCCGCCUACGUCUCGGAAGUGGCGGACACGAUCCAGUUCGAGGGGAGCGUCAUGCCCGGCGUUGAGGCGUUAGUGUACGGCCACUGCGUGAAGAUCGUGCUGUCCCUGGUCCACGAGGCGCUCGACGCGCUGCCGGCGGUCGGCGUGCUCGGGCUGCGCCUGGACGUCGCGCCGCAGAAGCGGCGCGGGCUCGACUUGGUCGAGGCGCUGCGGCGGCGGCGCGGCGAGGACGACGCGCACGGAAAGGUGCGCGUCGACGAGGAGCGCGUGCGCGCGUUCGUCGACCGCGUGCUCGAGGUCGAGCGGGAAGCUUCCGGCGGCGGCGCCAUCGGCGACUUCGAGCGGUCGCUGCACCACAACGUGUGCGCCGUCGUGGUCAACCUCGCCGCGGACGUCGCGUCGACGAUCCGCCUCGGCUGCUUCGGCCACGACCUGACGCUCGACGUGCGGCCUUUUGUGGGAUGGCUUGACACGCUCACCACCGACGAGUUGAGACGCAGGCGGCGCGCGGGCCUGCCGCAACUCUUCGGCGAGGCGCACGUCGACGCGUUGGUCGAGGAGAUCCUCCAGGACGAGUCCGUGAACGUGUCCUACGUGCCGGACGUCGUCGAGCGGACUUUUUAUCGGCGGGUCUUCGGCUUCUACUCCGUGGUCUUGGACUACGUCCUGGCCGAUGUGUCGCUUUCCGUCUUGGACGUCGACAUGGACGUGGCGCUGCGGAGGGAUCCGGAGUAA